UAAAUUCAGAUUCGUCGUCCUCAUCUCCUCCUCCUCCUCCUCCUUCAUCGCGUGAUCCGGGUGCUUCCUCGUCGGCCGCCCCCCCGCGAUCCCAUUCCCGGAGCGCCGGCGGCGGCGAGCGUUGGCGGGGGACCGGCGCCGUGCUCCUCCGAUCGGUGAGGAUGGCAGCUGUCAUGUUCUCAAAGCAUCGGCAGCUCAGUUAUUACGCUGAUAAUGCAAACCCGAACAUCCCAAGAUCCUCAAAGGUUGAAAAGCUUGUAAAAAGCAGAAAAUUCCCGAGGAGCUCACUGGAUAGAAAUGAUAGUAGGACAUUGGAAGAUGAGGGGAAGCCUAAUAUGGUGACACAUGCAAAGAAAACUGAAGUUGUGUCAAAGAAUGAAGCAGUGAAGAAGAGAAAGUUAGCAGCUAAAAUUGAUGAGUGUUUGCAUGGUAAAAAUAUUGUAAAGAAGCAUAGGAGUGCGACUAGAAAGAGAACUUCAGCGAAUGGGUUUUCCUGGACUAAAUGGGAAAGCAUUGACAAAGUGAAUUUAUCGUUCAAAAUGGAGACAUUGACAACAUCGAGCAAGUCCAAAAAGCCGCAAACAGGCAGCAGAACCAGAAAGUUCCGAACUGACAAGCCACGAAGUGACUGUAGCAAGGGACUUUCUGAUGUUGAGUACACGGACGAUGGAUCCAGCGAAGAUGUGGAAGAAGUAUCACGUCUAGUCAAGAUGAGAACCCGCAGAAGAAGAGAAAACAAGUUUGAUCUGAUGGAUGAUUCACUGCAUACUUCAUCUCGGGCAUCGCCAUCCUCCUCUGGCUCCUUUCAUUCAACUCUGAAAAUUGAUAAUACUGGUGAUACUGGCUGCUCGAAGGGGAAGUAUGAGGCUAAAGGAAAAGAACGUGCGAGGUGUCAUCAAUGCAUGAAGAAAGAAAGAAGGAUCGUUGUCCCAUGUACCAACUGUAAGCAGAAGAUGUAUUGUAUCCAAUGCAUCAAGCAAUGGUACCCUCAGAUGUCGGAAGUAGACAUAGCAGAACUUUGCCCAUUUUGCCGUGGAAAUUGCAAUUGCAGCUGUUGCUUGCACUCUGGAGGCAUCAUAAAGGCGUCAAAAGUGAGCAUGUCUGAUGAUAAGAUGGUUGAGCACCUGAAGUACUUAAUGAGACAACUGCUUCCCUUUUUAAGGCAAAUUUGCGAAGAGCAAAUGCAGGAGACACAAAUUGAAGCUGACAUACAAGGAACACCGGCUGAUGAGGUUGAAGUUCCAAUGUCUCUUUGUCACAAUUGGGAGCGUGUCUACUGCAACAAUUGUGCUACUUCCAUUGUAGACUUUCAUCGAAGCUGUCCAGAGUGCUCUUUUGAACUUUGUCUCAAUUGCUGCCAAGAAAUUCGCCAGGGGAAACUUUCUUCCCGUGCUGAGGUGAAGCUUCAGUACGAGGUCAGAGGCAACGACUAUAUUCAUGGUGAUCUUGUGGCACUUCAAGACAUAGAUCUUGUGCCACAUACAGAAACUAUUCCUCAUGCUGCUCAAUCCAUUGAAUGGAAAGCUAACACUGAUGGGAGCAUCAAUUGCGCACCAAGUGAGAUGGGUGGAUGUGGUAAUCGUAAAUUAGAGCUUAAGCGCAUACAUGAUAAAGAUUGGAUAGGCAAGCUUGAGAUGCGAGCAAGAAACUUGCUAGAAAUUGGCAAAAUUGAACAUACCACUCGGAAGCAUAAUUGCUCUAAAACUGGGGAUAAGAUGCUACGAAAGGCCGCAUCCAGAGAACACUCCGCUGACAAUUACUUGUAUUGUCCGGCAUCAAGUGCAAUUUUGGAUGAAGAGGAGCUUCUAUGCUUCCGAAGUCACUGGAUCAAAGGUGAACCUGUCAUAGUUCGAAAUGUUCUAGAGCGGACCCCUGGUUUGAGCUGGGAACCCAUGGUGAUGUGGCGCGCAUUAUGUGGAAAUAUGGAUUCAACAUCUGGUUCAAAAUUUUCCGAAGUCAAAGCCAUUGAUUGCCUAGCUGGUUGCGAAGUGGCCAUUAGCACGCGCCAAUUCUUCAAAGGAUACUCAGAGGGGCGAAGAUAUGCUAACUUUUGGCCUGAGAUGCUAAAGCUAAAGGACUGGCCUCCUUCGGACAAGUUUGAGGAUCUUUUACCGCGCCACUGUGAUGAGUUCAUAACUGCCUUGCCAUUUCAUGCCUAUACUGACCCUCGAUUUGGCUUCCUCAACCUGGCUGUAAAGUUACCACCAAGCAUCUUGAAGCCAGACAUGGGACCGAAGACCUAUAUUGCCUAUGGUAUUACUGAAGAGCUAGGAAGAGGCGACUCUGUGACCAAGCUUCACUGCGAUAUGUCAGAUGCGGUGAAUAUCUUGACGCACACAGCUGAGGUGUCCUUAAGUGAAGAGCAGCAAUCUGCAGUGAAAACCUUGAAAGAGAAACACAAAGCACAGGAUGUGAUGGAACUUCAAUGUCAAGCACAGGAAGAGCUUGAUCUAAAUGCAACAGGUGCAACAGGAUGCCAAUAUCAGAAUCUUGAAGGCCUUGAUGGUCGCGAGGGACGCUGGGAAAAAGAAGAAGAGAAAUGCAGGAACAAUCUCUGUUCAGACCAAGAAAUCAAGCAAAGAGGCGGCGGUGCAUUGUGGGACAUUUUCCGGAGAGAGGACAUCCCCAAGUUGGAGGCAUAUCUUAGCAAGCACCAUAAUGAAUUCAGGCAUACAUACUGCAAUCCAGUUAAACAGGUCAUUCAUCCGAUCCAUGACCAAUCGUUCUAUCUUACUUUGGAGCACAAGAGGAAGUUGAAGGACGAAUUUGGAAUUGAACCAUGGACAUUUGAACAACACUUAGGCGAAGCUGUUUUUAUUCCCGCUGGAUGCCCCCACCAAGUUAGAAAUCUGAAGUCAUGCACAAAAGUUGCCGCCGACUUUGUCUCUCCUGAGAACAUCGAUCAGUGCCUCCGGUUGACUGAGGAGUUCAGACAACUUCCGAGGAAUCAUAAAGCCAGAGAGGACAAACUUGAGAUUAAAAAGAUGAUAAUUUAUGCAGUCGAUCAAGCAGCUAAAGAUUUAGAGGACUUGUUACAGAGAUGAGGAGGAGAAUCUCAGUAGUAGGAUAGUUCAAUUGACAUCGGAUCAGCUCAAAGCAGGGAAGAGGAUCCUGCAGCAGCAACUUUUUGUUUUUUGGGUCUUGUUAUAGCAUUUUUGUGUAGAUAGUCAUCUAGUCUCCAUUUUUUUGUUGAGAAAUGUGCAAGAACUUUGCCAACUCUCUCAACAGCGAGACAAUUUUGCCUGCAAUAAAUUGAGUCGAUUAUUCAUUCUGAAAUAAAAUUUGCAGCAAGAACCUACAUUGAUUCUGUAU